CUCUUACAUACACGUACGAAUAUCAGGUGACUUAUCGAACAGGGGUUUGGUGGUGCCUGUUGUGUCAGUAGUGUUGCAUGUCAUAACAUCAGAAUUUGCUGGUGAAUCCCUGGAAAAGACAGUCUAUUUUUCAAGUUAAUGAAUAAUUUGAAAAGUGAUAGCAUUUGAUGAAUUAUUAACUUCAGAGAGUAAGUGUUGAAGCAAUUGACAAUGUUUGCUGCAAACUACUCAGCUACUGAGGGUCAAAUCAAUGAUGCAGAAAAUGAGGACAGUAUAUCUUUCAAACUCCCAGAUUUUACACCAACCAAUCCGUGGCCAUCUUCUCCUAACUUCGAAGAAGAUUUCAUCAUGAUUUCUGAAUUUUGUGAAAUCGAAGGUCCAAAUCCAUUGUUAGUAAUUCCAACUCAUGGAGGCGGUGCUUUUAACAAGGAGCAGUUUGCUGUGAACAUCAUGUCUGUUGACUACAACGCCACCAACUCAUCCCGUGCUGCAUCCGGUGAAUUCACAAUUUCUGAUGAUACGUGUCUACUACAGGAGGAGUUGCGUGAGGGCGCCCAUGCAUAUGUGCACCACUUCACUUUGUAUGACAUUUAUGCAAGAGGGUUUGUCAGACCAUUUUGUCUAGCUUACAUUACAUCUGAAAAAAGUAAACUUGUGAAUCACUUUGAAAUAAUGAUGAACAAAUUUAGGAAAGUUACAGAAGCAUUUAAGUAUGGAAACCGACACAACUUUUGUGAGGAUUUGAAAAGGAAACUUAAGGAUUUGGCUUUCACAAAAGAAAACCAAAUUGCUAAGUCACCGUACUUAAAAUCUUUAGGAAAGAAUGACAAGAUUUCAAGUGACAACAAGGACCUGGAAGACUUCCAGAAAAUAAUGGCUGAAUUGGACAAAGCUAUUCAGGAAACCACUCACAUCUUAACACAAUUUGAAAGUCAGAAGAUCAAUAAACGAUUAGAAAGACGUUUCAAGAAGAUGGAGGCAACAGUGGUUCAUCAGCGUCAAAGAGUGCUUUCCCAGUCCGCUAGUUUACACGGUGAUGGUUACCAUAGUGAUUGUGAUGAAACACCGAAACAGUUUAAUAUAAGAAAAUGUCAUUCGAAUGAUAUACUUGAUGGUAGUCGAGAAACCAGUUAUCAACCAAAGUUAAUCAAAGUGGAUGGGUAUCGGAAGUUCGAUGUUAAUCUAAGGUCACUCCAUGAACUUUGCCUGUGGGGUAGCAAAAUUGGAAUGGCAAAGCUCAAAAAGUUUUACAAGUAUUUCAGCAGAAGAAGUGAAACAUUGUCAAUGGAAAGGAUGGAAUCAGAUAUAGAAAAGCCUUCCUCUUCACUCCUGACUAUAGGCAGAACAGUUACUGUUAAUUUCAUACCAGAAAAUUAUGUGCAAUAUAGUAGAGCUCCUUCCCACCAAUGCCAUAACCUACACAGUGGUUGUAGGACCUGCAAUUUAUCUGACAGAAUGUCAAUAAUGACAUGCUCCAGUGCAAAUACAGUGCCACUAUUAACUGAUGAUGAAGAUGGAUUUGGACUGCUUCCUUCAAGCUAUGAAACUAAGUUUAUCUCUGGCUCAGCAUUUGCUUCAACUGAGUCCUUAUAUUACGAUGCUUAUGAUAAUCAGUCAAUCAGCGACAGUUCAAGUGACACUUCUGAUGAGUUUGAUGAUGGAUGGGUGGAGAUUACCGACUCUUCAUCCCUUGUGUCAAGUUCACCUCACCAAACCUCAGGAUCAUGUUUUGAGGAUAAUACUAGCUUAGGUAGUGAAGGUCAAGCAGAGGUCAAAGGAAGGACCCAACCAGAUAAUGAUGUCACUUUUAAAGACAAUGAUGAAGACAAGUUGUCUGGAAGUGCAGAAGAUACACUUGAGGUUGAUUCAGGUAUGGCCCAAUCUGACAAUGGGAGGUCAAAUGAUGUCAAGUUAGACAGCCUUGGUAGCUCUUCAUCUCAGACAACACCAGCAUUAAUAAGGUGUGCGUCUGGCAUUAGUAUAGAUAAAUUAGUCCGUGUACCAAUGGAUUCCAUUCCAGUCGUAGACAGGAUACCUGUGGGGUGUUAUGCAUCCUGGCUAAGCAACAGUACCUCAAAAUUCCCAGGUUUUAAAUUGAAGAACUUUUUAAGCCAUUGUUCGUUUGCAAGUCAUUUGAUCUAUGCGUUAUUCUCUGGCAGAAUGGUUGUUAUAACUGGUCCUCCAAUUUAUCAACGGGAAAUUAAAUCAUUGAUUACUAUGUUGAGCCUGUUUAUACCAGGGCAUUCCAGACAUCAUUUUCAGAUUACUCCAUGGUACACUAAGCCUUUAACAAUACUUGACGUCGGCAGAAUGAAACUUGUCGGUUUAGCCAAAGUUGGUUCUCUGCAUCGCGUCAUUCCAAAUGUGGUCAGAAACUAUGUUUCCAUCUUUGACUUUGAAAAGCAAGAGUUAUAUACUCCACCUUACCAGGGAACGUAUGUCCAUGCCUUGGUAAAUAAGAGCCGGAUGCUGCGCAGUGAUGUUAGCUUUGUAGCAUAUAUCCAGACUGUGUUUUUAGAGAUGGCUUCUAAAGCCUUUCUUUAUUAUCAUUCCUACUGUCUUGCAGACCAUAAUGCCAAAAAUAGCUCUGAGUUGAUGAACCCAUCAAAGGAGAAGGAAACUAUCGAGAAGUUUCUUGCCAAAUUAGGUAUUGCCGAUGGAGAUACCCACAUCAUUAUGUAUUGGACUGAAUUAAUAAAGCAGCAGCAGUUACUUGGUAUGAACUCGUUCACAAGAUGUGGCAAUCUACCUUUACAAUCAAUACACCUGGACUAUAGAAUCUGCUCCAAGUUCACAUCAUGACCACCAAGUUACCACCCACAUUCCUUUCUCUUGCCAUCUUCCAGCUCUGGUUAACUUGCUGAUGCAAAAUUCAUGAAGGAUUUUCUUACGUGAAGUGUUCCUAUAAAGACACAGUAGAUGAAGUGUUACUUUGAAGACACUGCAGAUGAAGUGUUACUUUGAAAACACUGCAGAUGAAGUUUUACUUUGAAAACACUGCAGAUAAAGUGUUAUUAUGGAGACACUGUAUGUAGUGACUUUACAAACACUACAGAUGAAGUGUCAAGCCAGGUCAUCACUCUGAUGUACGCCAGUUGUACGACCACCGCACGACGAUCGAGUCCAACUCCGUUCCUUGUGAGCACUAGGUGAAACGGUGGCAGUCUGAACAGACGUUAAAAAUGAUCCAUUAUGUGUGCAUCAUCGCAUUGCGUUCAUAGAAUCGCAUCGGCUGACGAUCGUCAAAUGCAGUAAGUGGCCAGCCUUAGGAAAACGCUGCUGAUAAGUAUUACUAUUAAGACAUAAUGGGGAUCGAUGCUUCUAAUACUAUUAUGCAGAUAAAAUGUUACUUUAUAAACACUACAAAUGAAUUGUUACUCUGGAUGCACUGCAGAUGAUGCGUUUCUAUAGAGGCCUGCAGAUAGUGUUAUUAUGGAUACAGCCAGAUGAAAUGUUAAUAAUAUUAUGCCAGUUAAGAUCAUGCAAUAUAAUUUAAAUUUAAUGUCAUGGUUUAUGAAUUAGACUUGAUUUGUAGACUACAGUAUGUAACUAUAAUUUAUAUUUAUUAUAUUUUUUAACAAACUUAAUAGUAUUUCUAAAUCAGCGAUAUAUUGACAUAUUUUGUAUAUUUUAUAUUGAGACUCAUAUGUAUGCGUCACAUAUUGUUCAGUAAUAGUUAUAUUGAUUUAUUUAAUUCAACAGUAAUGGACGCUGAAUUCAGGAUGUGGGUCCAUUAAGUUUCAAAAAAAGGUGCCGUUUUUUUACCACUAGUGUCGAAACGGCAGCGCCAUAUGACCCAAGCAGUGCCCCUUGUUUAGUUACUGGACCGGUAAAUAUAUUAAUCCUAUUCCGCUCAGCCCCUUGGAAGGAACAUGCAUUUUUGUAUGGUAGAAUGCAUUAGAGAGAAAAGCUUAUUUUCGACAACAGUAACAUUUUCCUCUGUAAGUUUAUGUGACUCACAAAAGAAUCUGUUCUAUACAAA